CUUGUAUGAAUGCAUACAAUUUUCUCUUUAACCAAACAACAAUAGAAAACGACUUUCUUAAUUUUGAAACAAAACUCACAUGCUCUUAAUUAAUCUUUCUCCUUCACUAUCUUUUUCACACACACUCUGAAUUCUUUCGCCAUUAACACACCACACCAUUUCAAAAACCCUAAACCUCUUCUCAGCUUACAAAUUUUAUAUGCUAGCUUUACUUUUUGAGAGCCAUUGAUUAUUAAUAGGACCAUUUUCAAAAUAUACAAGCAUCUGGAAUCUGGAUAUAUAUAUUUAUAUACAUGCUUUUCUCUUAUAUAAAACACUCGUAUAUAUAUACUCUAAAUGGAUAUGAACUCUAGCGAAAUUUGUAAUAUCAAGUCUGAGAAAAAGAAUGCUAUGAGAAACUACUAUCGCCAGAGGAAAUUCAAGUGGAUUUUCGAGGCCUGCGCCGCCCUACUCGCCCUCAUGCAAUCAUCAACUUGGCUUCCAGUCGCCGUUGAUUUUACCGGCCGUUUUCUUCGGGAGAUCAUCUCCGUCUUCAAAAGCCAUCUCUUCAUCUUUUUCCUCCUCAACGCUAUACUUCUCGCCGUUUACGUUCUCUCCGGCCGCAUCACCUGGACUGUUGACGCCGGAUCGGGUGCCAACAUGUACGAAGAAUUCGUCACCAACAGCGAGUUGACCCGGAGAAUCCCUGGUGGAGAAGAAGAAGAAGAAGAAGAACAAGAAGCUUCUCCUCCGGCGCCGGAACGUACUAUCCGCGUCGUCGAAGAAGAAAAGUAUCGCUCAGAAAAUGUCGCUUCGACGGCCACUUCGGUUUGUGGUGUGGGUAACCGAAACGACUCAAAACCAAAUGGCUCGGUUCAAGGUCUUGCGGAAGAAGAGAAGGCGUUAGUGGUUGUGAAGAAGAAGAGUUACAAAAGGACUCAGUCGGCUAGAGUCGAAGGGAGGAAGGUAAUCGGUCAUCAUCAGUCUCAGUCUCAGAGAGAGUUCCGACGGUCUUGUACGGACAUUUGCAGGAAAAUAACGUGUUCCGUGGAGAAAGAAGCUGCUGAAUCAAGCGAGGUGAGUCGGUUGAGCAAUGAAGAGUUUAAUCAGACCAUUGAUGCAUUCAUUGCUACUCAAAAGUGGAUUCAAAGGGAGGAAUACAUGGAAGAGCGGAAAACAGAGCACUACAUGGCUUUGGCCAUUUGCCAGUGAAGAAAAAUGAACUAUCAUGCAGUGGAGUCAAUAGGACCAAAUGCUUAAUUAGCUUUGUUUAAUUUAGUCUACUUAUAUUAUAAUUAACUAGGAAGCAUCAGAUAAUCCCAUCUGUAUUAUCUGAUUAAUCAUAUAUAUCUUAUCACUAUAUAAAUAUAUAUAUGAUUAUACAGAUGGAUAAUGUAUAGGAAUCAAAUAGCCUUUUUAAUUUUCUUUUUCCUUAUGUAUGUUUUUAUAUUUCCUUUUGGUUCUAGUUGACUUGAUGAGCUUUUAACUGGUAAUCAAGAUAAUGAAUUUCCAUAUUAUUAUUAUAA